AUGGCCAGACCCUUCUUUAGACCACAGAAGUUUCUUCGGAGGACCCAGUGCCUACUCUUCUUCCUCACGGCAGCUUAUCUGAUGGCUGGCAGCAUCCUGCUCCUGCAGAGAUCCCGCUUGGUCCUCCAACAAAGUGUCCGAGGGACCUCCGGAAACCAGGCCCUACCUGUUGCAGAUAUCUUGCUCGGUGCUGGGAGCCCAGACAGCAGGCCGGUGCAAAGUUCCCACUUGACUCCGGACUUUCUAGGGAAUAUGGAUGUGCGCCAUGGAUCAACGCCGGAGCAGAAGUAUGGUCCAAGGUGGCUGAUAUCCAGAAACUCAGAACUGAGGCAGCUACGAAGGAGAUGGUUCCUCCGCUUUGUCAAUGACCAGGAACCAGCGCAGGUGCCAGGGGCAAAGGUUCUGAAGCGCAGAUCUGAGAGCAGAGGUACUUACAUUGGAUGCUUCAGUGGCAAUUCCAGAGAGAGGACCCUGAAAGGUGCUGUGUUUUAUGACUUGAGGAAGAUGACUGUUUCACACUGCCAGGAAGCUUGUGCUGAGCGGGCUUACACAUACGCAGGGUUGGAGUACGGAGCAGAAUGCUACUGUGGAAACACGCUGCCAGUGAACGUGGCAAAGCAGGAGGAGUGCAACAGCGAAUGCAAGGGAGAGAAGGGGACCGUCUGUGGAGGCAUUAACAGGCUCUCUGUCUACCGGGUGGAGGAGCCGUGGGUUGGACCCAAGCGCCAGCAAAGCAUUAUCUAUCGAGGAUGUUUCAGAACACCAGAAAAUUUAACAAACACCUUACCAGCCUCUUUGAUGCACUCCAAUUUGACGGUGGAGAUGUGUGUCGAAUUUUGCUCCAAGAAAGAAUUCCCUUUGGCCGUCAUCAGAGGACCUCAGUGCCACUGCGGCUUCCCCACUGUCCAUUUCCCAUUACACAACAGCUCCAAUCGGUCAUUUUGUAGCAAGCUCAAAAAUGUCAGUCAAGUGCCACAGGAGCAGGACUUCCGCUUUGUCUAUCAAACGCCAGUCCAAGAUACCCGUUGCACUGACCGCAAGUUUCUCCCCACCAAAUCCAAAUCCUUUGUGGCAUUGUCAAGCUUCCCAGGAGCUGGUAACACUUGGGUUCGCCACUUAAUAGAACACGCUACAGGAUUCUACACAGGAAGUUACUACUUUGAUGGAACCCUCUAUAAUAAAGGUUUCAAAGGGGAGAAGGAUCACUGGAGAAGCCGGAGGACAAUUUGUGUAAAAACUCAUGAGAGUGGCAAAAAGGAAAUCGAGCUAUUUGAUUCCGCCAUCUUGCUGAUACGUAAUCCAUAUAAGUCGUUGGUGGCAGAAUUCAAUCGGAAGUGUGGAGGUCACCUUGGAUAUGCCUCUGAUCGAAACUGGAAAAGCAAAGAGUGGCCAGACUUUGUGAACAGUUAUGCAUCCUGGUGGGCUUCCCAUGUGCUGGACUGGCUCAAAUAUGGCAAACAUCUCCUUGUCGUUCAUUACGAAGACUUAAAACAGACCCUGUUCCCCAAGCUGAAAGAAAUAGUCACGUUUCUGAACAUCACAGUUCCAGAAGACAGGCUGAUCUGCGUCGAGAACAACCGAGACGGGAAUUUCAAACGGUCGGGACUCAGGCAGAAGGCCUUCGAGCCCUUCACGAAGGAAAUGAAAGACUUGAUCGAUAAAUACAUUGUGACUGUGGACAAGGCCCUAAGAGAAAGAAACUUUAUUGGCCUGCCAAAAGAGUAUUUACCCAGAUGA